AUGGCAUCAGUUGAAACCCAGAGGUCUACUAAGACCGUUGUCAUCCUGACAAAACCAGAGGACUGGUCCCUUUGGCUCUUUCAACACAAGGAUAAGGCAGUGUCACAUGGAGUAUGGGAGUACUGUAAUCCAGCAGUCUCUACACCACCCACUCUUACGCCAAAACCUGAACGCCCUAUACUCCCAGAUGGAGACCUUACGGCCGAAGUUCUUCAAGUACAGCGAAUGAAGCUCAGCGAGUGGGAAUGGAAGUACAAGGAGUGGCACCAGAAAGACAAAGCUCUCAAGGAGAUCUGCACUGACGUGGCAUCAACAAUCUCCACUUCUUUGAUUCCUCUCAUCCAGAAUGACGCAACUGCACACGCACGACUAGCCAAGCUCAGAGCCCACAUAGCCCCAUCCGACCCUACCCGAAGAAGAGAGCUUAGGGUGAAAUACGACGCUCUACGAUCACCUAAACCGCGCAACACAAGCGUGGACAAAUGGCUAGACGAAUGGAUACGCGUCACUGACCUCAUGGCUAUGCUUGACAUGCCUGAGAUGAAAGGAGGACAAGUUCAAGAAGAAUUCCUUGUCACAGCCAACAAGCUACAUGAGACCUGGGCUACAGCUGAGCUCCGCAAGCUUUUGGAUCUACAGGAAAACCCAGCGGUAAAAGACUUAGAUCUACCGACAAUCAAUACCCUAGUUGCUAGCUUCCGUCAAUUUCUCCGCAUUAUAAAACCCCAAGGAUCGACCUUUGGAACAUUCGGCGCCUCUCUCGGCAUCGCUGACAGCAGCGGGUCUACCAAGGCCAAUACUACCGAAGAAGGACCUAGCCAGAAUCAGAAACCUCAAGCGAAGCAUAAUCAUCCACCAGGCAAAUGCAUCUGUUUAGAAGAACAUUGGUAUUCAAACUGUCCCUACAUCAAUCCUGCAGUUCGCCGAGCAGGAUGGACACUAGACCCAGAGAUUGAAGCCAAGUUUAAAAAGGCUAAGAAGAAUCCAAGAAUUGCCAAGCAGCUUCAGAGAGCUGCGGAAAGGCAAAACGCGAAGGCUACAUCCGAACCAACCACAACGCCUAUUGCCUUUGAUGCCCAAGCCCAUGGCGAUCAUCAACCCCACAGCAUGGCUUGUUCUUUUCAGGCCUUCUCUACCAAUCAUGUAUCCAACCCACCUUACAUCAACCGAUGGAUCAUGGAUCCUGGAUCAAAUGUUCACGUCAUCAACUCCAAAUCAUGGAGAUGGACCCACACUCGGUACAGUACAGCUGACGAAGCUUUGUACGCUGGCUCACAGUCAGUCUCUAUCAGCGAAUGGGGAAAUGUUAUCAUUCCAGUGAGGACACCAAAUGGUAUACAGGACAUCCAGCUUACCCACGUUGCCCUAGUGCAGUGA